CAAUCGAUCAACAUUAUCUCUUCUUAAUUGUAUUCCAUUGUCUCAUGAUGGGACUGAUAAAAAUCUCUAGAUAAGAUACAACAUAUAAAACGAAGGAAAAUGUCUACACAAAGAUAUUCAAGGACUCCUACUAAUAAUCAAACUUUUGAGCCUCAAAAAAGUUCUCCUACAAAACAUUUCACGUCUUCUGUACUACAAAUCACGUCUCCUACACCACCUAUACAGAGACAGCAACAUGUAAAUGUUCCUCAUACAAAACCUAAACCAAACUACUUCCAACUUCCUUUUCUCGACAACGUAAUAGAAAAAGUAUACGAGUAUCAUAAUCGGCAACAAGAAAGAAAUACACCUUCAUCUUCGGCACAAUUAUAUGAUCAACCAUAUAUACAUAAUGGAGAUGUGAUAGAACUUUAUGGACCCUCUUGUGGAGGUAAAACUACAAUAUUAUAUCAUGUUAUCGUUACUACCAUUAUUCCUAAAUAUUGGACGCGUAAUAAAGAAGAUGACGAAGAUGCAAGGAUUGAAUUGAAUGGACUCGGUAAAGGAGUAUUAUUUUUUGAUUUGGAUGGUAGACAUAAUAUUAAAAGGUUAUAUACAAUGAUUAUGUAUUAUUUAAGAAACAGGAUUGAACAGAUUGUAAAAGAACGAAAUUCUCAAGAGGCUCAACAAUAUGACAAACAUCAACAAUUACCAACUCCUUUAUCAUCUUUGUCAUCGCAACUAUCACAAGAAGAACUUUAUAAUAUCGAUUCGCUUCCAACAGAACAAGAACUUGAUAUGAUAGCAAGAAAUUCAUUGAAAAAACUUCAUAUUUUUCAGCCAAACAUGUCAAUUGAAUACUUGGCAACAUUACUUUCAUUGCCAGAGUACAUUAAAAAGAUUCAAGAGAAAGAAGGAUAUGAAUUCAAUUAUUUAAUGAUUGAUUCAAUUAAUUCAUUUUAUUGGCAGGAUAAAUCUGAAGAAAUAGGAGAACAAGCAAUUAAUUCGGGAAAUGAUGUUGAUUCAGAUUCAGAUAAUGAUGGGAGAGGAAAUGAGAGCAACAUUAAUAAUAUUGAAUUGGAUAAUUUUGAGGCCAUAAAUGAAGGAAUUGAUCCAACAUCUUCACCACCAAUGUACUAUAAUGGAAGACAAUCUCAUUCAAGGUCAAGUAUUAAUAGCCUUAAUAGUAGCACAUCAAAUAAUCAUAAUUUUCAAUAUUAUAUAGUUCAAGCGCUACAAAUAUUGAUUCAGUCGACUAAUUUAAUUAUAUUAGCAACAAAUUGGGUGAUAUUUGGACCAUCAGAACAUAAGCAAAAAACGUUUUCCACAACAAAUACAAAUUUAAGAAUCCCACAAGAACUAAAUUACACAACAGUAUUGUCACCAUAUUGGGAUUCUUUAUUAAAAUAUAAAUUUGUUAUAGCAAAACAAUUAUUACCACAAUAUUCUGAUGAUAUAAUACCACAAGUGGUUGAGAAAGAUGAGAAUAGAAGGAAUUUAUUGAAAGAACCUUUAUUUUUUGGAAGAUUGAUUUUACCUAGUUGUGAUGAAAAAUGUGGUGAAAUCUUUUCAUUCAAAAUUUCUGAAAAAGGUAUUAUGUGUGAUUAAAUAGAUGUAUCGAUGGUUUUUAAAUAAAUUAAUGUACUAUUUGAUACCCAAUAUAAAUAAAUAUAUUGUGGAUCUGACAGUAUCUCAUAUGAUUCAUAUGAUUCGAGGGUACCGUUUUAAGAAAAAAAUUUAUUUAUUAUAUGCAACUACCAUCU